CCCACGCGAGGCGGCUCGGGGCGGGAGCGCGGCGCGUCUCGGAGAUGUGGCGACCGCUGCGACUCUGCCGCUUCCACUCUGCCAUGCUGCAGGGCAGGGAGAAGGCCUGGCCGCCCCCCGCUACCCACUUCCAGAAAAGCUUCAGGAGCCCCCCUGCAAGGGCCCUGCGGCGCGCGUCCCUGUGGAGGAAGGCGCUGUCCGGCACCGUGGUGGCCGUACCCCUGCUCCUUGGCGUCCGCUACUUCACCUCCGAGCCUCGCGAGAGGAGGCGCAUGCGGCUCACCGUGGACGGCAUCGGGCGCUUCGGCAGGUCUCUGAGGAUCGGCCUGCUCAUCUCCCUGGACUACUGGUGGUGCACGAACGUCGUUCUGCGCGGGGUGGAGGAGAACAGCCCGGGCUACAUGGAAGUGAUGUCAGCGUGUCACCAGCGUGCUGCUGACGCACUCGUGGCUGGCGCCAUCAGCAACGGGGGCCUGUACGUGAAGCUGGGCCAGGGGCUGUGCUCCUUCAACCACCUGCUGCCGCCCGAGUACAUCCGGACCCUGCGCGUGCUGGAGGACAGGGCCCUCAGCCGGGGCUUCCGAGAGGUGGACGAACUGUUCCUUGAAGACUUCCAGGCCCUGCCCAGCGAGCUCUUCCAAGAGUUUGACUACCAGCCCAUAGCUGCCGCCAGCCUGGCCCAGGUGCACCGAGCCCAGCUGCAGGACGGCACCACAGUGGCCGUGAAGGUGCAGUACAUCGACCUGCAGGACCGGUUUGAGGGAGACGUGCACACGCUGGAGCUGCUGCUGCGCCUGGUGGAGCUCCUGCACCCCAGCUUCGGCUUCAGCUGGGUCCUGCAGGACCUGAAGGGGACCCUGGCACAGGAGCUGGACUUCGAGAAUGAGGGCCGGAACGCUGAGCGCUGUGCCCGCGAGCUGGGGCACUUCCGCUACGUCGUGGUCCCCCGGGUGCACUGGGAUAAGUCCAGCAAGCGCGUGCUGACAGCCGACUUCUGUGAGGGCUGCAAGGUCAACGACCUGGAAGCCAUCCGGCGCCAGGGGCUGGCGGUGGCUGACAUAGCGGAGAAGCUGACGCGGGCGUUUGCGGAGCAGAUAUUCUACACCGGCUUCAUCCACUCGGACCCGCACCCUGGCAACGUGCUGGUGCGCAAGGGCCCGGAUGGGACGGCCGAGCUGGUGCUGCUGGACCACGGGCUCUACCAGUUCCUGGACGAGAAGCACCGCUCGGCCCUGUGCCAGCUGUGGCGGGCCAUCAUCCUGAGGAACGACGCUGCCAUGAGGGAGCACGCAGCCACCCUGGGGGUGCAAGACUACCUGCUGUUCUCCGAGAUGCUCAUGCAGCGGCCGGUGCGCCUGGGGCAGCUGUGGGGCUCGCACCUGCUGAGCCGCCAGGAGGCGGCCUACAUGCAGGCCAUGGCGCGCGAGCACUUUGAGCGCAUCAUGGUGGUGCUGCGGGCACUGCCGCGGCCCAUGCUGCUCGUGCUGCGCAACAUCAACACCGUGCGGGCCGUGCACGCCGCCCUGGGCAGCCCCGUGGACCGCUACUUCCUCAUGGCCAAGAGUGCCGUCCGGGCCUGGAGCCGCAUGGCCGGUGCCACAUACCAGGGCCUCCGCAGCAGCAGCUUCCUGCGCCACAUCAGGGUGUUCUGGGAGACGCUCAAGUUCGAAGUAGCCCUGAGGCUGGAGAUGCUGGCCAUGCGGCUCACCACCCUCCUGAUUCGAGCCCUGGUGCACCUGGGCCUCAUGCCCCCAACAGAAGAGCUGUACCAAGCCCUGGAGACCUAGGCCCUGGGGCCCCAC